UAUUUUUACCCCUCGAUUAAAUAAUACAUAUCAUCAUCAUACCUCAUCAUCAUCCCAACUUCUAACCCUUCAACACCAUGGGCUCCAACGCCCUCGACGACGACUACAGCAACUCCGAGAACGAAUUCUGGAUAUUUGGAUAUGGGUACAUAAAACCCCCUCCCCUCCUUUCCCAAACCAAAAAUUAUACACAAAAAUUAUACAUUUCAAUUUCCAACUAAUUUCCAAAAUAAUACAGAAGUUUAAUUUGGAAACCCCCGCCACAUUUCGGUAAACCUCCCUUCGUUCAUCAUUAUUCACUUCCUCGUACUUCCUCGUACUUGCUUCUUUUUUAAGAGUACCACCGAAAACCUAGAUGUAGGAUUUAAUGACCAAUCCUUUGUGAUGAAUGAUUAGAUCGUCGUGUUCCGGGAUAUGUGACUGGAUAUGUGAGAAGAUUUUGGCAGGUAUGGUUAUGUUUAUGUCUUUGUGGUUCUUUUUGCAAUCUAGAUAGUGUUGGAGUUUGAGGAUUCUCAUUUAUUGAACAUAUCUUGUACAAAUGAUGAAGAACCAAUAGAGUAGCUGACAACAAUCCAGGCUAGGUAAACUCACAACCCCAUGACAAAACCUCACCCCUUACCUCCCUCCUACCCCAAUCUCCUUCCCCGAACCCAGCCCCAAACGCAACCCAUCUAACACCCCUCCCCUCACCCCAGCGAAGACCACCGCGGCACACCCACCUCCCCAGGACGAGUCGUAACACUCAUCCCGCACGCCCACUGGCUCACACUCCACGAUCCGCACCCCAUCCCCUCCGAAACCACCUCUCCAAAAGUAUGGGGAACCGCCUAUCGAAUCCUCGCUUCAAAGGUUGCCGAAGUGCGCGAAUAUCUCGAUAUACGAGAGAUUAAUGGAUAUACUAUACACUAUACACCUUUUUAUCCCCCUUCUUCCUCAUCCAUCAACCCAGACAAUGAGAGUGGUGGGGCUACGAGUAUCAAAACAUUGGUCUACAUAGGAACGCCUGACAAUGCGCAAUUUACCGGGCCGCAAGACCCGCAGGAACUAGCUGAACAUAUAUGGAGGAGUGAGGGCCCCAGUGGGUUAAAUAGGGAUUAUCUUUUGAGUUUGGAUAUUGCUUGUAGGUGGUUUCCAUCUCUACACUUUUUGUCAAAUGAUUCUAGUCGUUAUACUUGUCUGCUUCUCAGGGUGGAUCGUCAUGCUGAUAUAUUUAGUGGAUGAGCUGAGUCCUGAGAGCGGGGAUGAGCAUGUCAAGGACCUGGCAAAUAGAGUUCGGAAGAUUGCCAUGGGGCGAAUAGGUGUCGAAGCAGAAGCAAGUCACACGGAAGUUAUAGAGCAUGAGCUCAAAAAGGUUAAAAGCACGGAUGAGCAAGAAGAGACUGAAAAGUAAUGCGUGAAAGAGCCACUCGUUCAUUCCCUCCGUGGGGUAUUAUUGCCAUAGAGACCAUUAGAGAGACCUGCAAAGAUGCAGACCUUCAUAAAGAGACCUCGAUCAAAGUGACCGAGAGCCGAAAAUACAGGCAGAAUUGAAAAACAUUCGUGAGAUGUUCAAAGAAAUAGUGAUCGAGCAAGGUAAGAUACCCCUUCCGAACUCCAUGCAAGCAUAUAGCUCGCCAGGCCAGAACCGCUGCCAGAAGCCACGAGAUUAAAAUCAAGCUGCCAUCGAGAAGGACAACAUCCUAAAAUCCACCACACAACAGAAUUUCGCGGAAAACACCCCAGGAAUUGACUUUUCUUGUUGAAGAUUGAGGAAAAACACCGUCCCACUGGAAAAGCAAUCUAUUGAUUGCCCCACUGGCCAGCGUUUCCACCACCUUGUCCACGGUCAUAUCCUCCUCCACCGGAAUAUCCACCACCACCGCCACCAGAG